GUCCGAUUGUCCGCACUGUGCUUCUGAUAAUAACACGUGCUAAUUUUAUCAUUUGAUAGAUUUUGCUGUCAUGGCUAAAACAAAUAAAUCUAAGUCGAAGUCGAAGAAGGGAAGCGUUAAGAAGUCGUCAACUAACAAACCGAAGGUUUUGAACCCUUUUGAGGUGCAUGUGAACCGACAGAAGUUUACUGUUGCUGGAAGAAAAUUGAAAAAUGAUAAAGGACUUCCUGGAGUGUCCAGGGCAAAAGCAAUCAAGAAGCGAAAAGCUACACUCCUUCAAGAGUAUCGCGUUCAACACAAAGCCAAUAAGUUUGACGAUCGCCGUAUUGGGGAAAACAACAAAGGAAUGACAGCUGAGGAUCGAAUAGUGGCCCGCUUCACUGCGGAACGCAACAGAAAUCGGAAAAAGACCAAAUUCAACUUGGCUGAUGAAGAGACUUUGACGCACAGGGGCCAGUCUCUGAUGGAAAUAGAAAAAUUUGAUAAUCCCCGAAGUGAUUCUGAAGACGAUGAUGAACAGGAGUCUGGAAGGUUGGAGGCAAAAUUUGUUAGCGAUGCCCACUUUGGGGGCUUUUUGAGCAGGAAAGAGGAGACUGAGAAUUCCACACAGAGUAGGCAGAAUUUGAUUCAAGAGCUUAUUGCUGAGUCCAAGAAGAGGAAAGCGGAGAAAAAAAUGCAAAAUGAAAAGACUGCAGAGCUCACUGAAAAACUAGAUGCUGAUUGGAAGGACCUAGAAGCAAUCAUUUACCAAAGCAAAAGGCUAAAACAUAACGAAAAUGAAGAAAAACCUCAGAUUGAUGACUAUGACAAAACAGUUCGAGCUCUUGUAUUUGAAGCAAAGGGCGUGCCCACUGAUAGACUUAAAUCGGAAGAAGAAUUGGCUAAGGAAGAAAAGGAGCGUUUAGAAAAUUUGGAAGCUGAGAGGGUUGCCCGCAUGCACGGCAAGUAUGACGGCCUAAAACCAGCUCCCAAGCACAGAAGUGCUGACGAUCUUGACGAUGGUUUUGAGUAUGAAGAAGACGAUCCCAUGCUAAGCUAUGAUGCUGAUGGCAAUGUUCAAAUCAGUGAUAGCAAUUUGAGGGUUCAGUCAAUCCAAGAUGAUGAUGAUCAAGAAGAAGGAAGUGAGGAAGAAGAAAGCGAGGAAGAAGGAAGUGAGGAAGAAGGAGAAGAGGAGGAGGAGCAAGAAAGUGGUGAUGAAGAUGGAGAAGCUGAAGAAGCAGAAGAUGAAGAUGAUGCUGACAGUCUGAGCGAUCUGCGUCUUCAAGUUUCUGAAGAUGAGGAGGAAGAGAAGCCUGUCAAAAAUAACCCUAAGAAAAAUAAAAAAGCCACAGAUACUCGUCCAGACUUAGCCAAACUAAAGGAAAUGAUGGAGCAAGCUAGGAAAGAACUCCCUUAUACAUUUACAGUUCCUGAAAAUUACAUGGAUUUUGUGGAGCUCUUUGAAGACAAGGCACUUGCUCAGCAGAGUGUCAUCCUGGAGCGGAUGAUCAAGUGCAAUCAUCCAAAGUUGGGGAACAACAAUACAGCCAAACUAGGAGCCUUGUACGCUUUUCUCCUUCAGUGGCUAAAUGAUAACACUGUUGAUCCUCCAGCCAACAAAUUUGUUUCCAACCCAAAUGAAGAGUUCUUGAACACCUUGCUACCUCACAUGUUCGAAGUUGUGCAACUCUCUGGCGCUGGAAAUGCUAGGAGAUGCACCGUUGCUGUGUUAACUGAGAAAUAUGAGGAGUGGGUCAAAUCAGGCGCCAACACAGUACCACCACUUGACACAAUUAUAUUCUUCCAAUUGAUUCUCCACAUCUUUCCAACUUCUGAUUUCCGUCAUCCUGCGACAAGCCCAGCUGUAGUGUUUAUGGCUGAGAUUUUGAACAAUGCCGCAAUUCAUUCAUUCAGGGAUGUUUGUAAUGGAUUGUUCAUUUGUGAACUCUUGACUCAGUACACAUCCUUGUCUCGACGAUUUCUGCCUGAAGCAUUUAAAUUUUUAAGUGAUGUCAUAUGUGCUCUGGCACAAAAUGAGACAAGUCCUAGGUUCAGCGAUGAGCUCAAGCCUUCUGAUCUGAAGAAUGAGAACCUGCUUCCAGCUGCAAUUGAAAUUCUGCAUCAAAUGGCAGAACAGUCGAAAGCCAAUGUUCCCUCACUUCCAGUGAUUCUGAAGCCUGUUGUUAAAGUUCUCUCUGGAGUGAGCCAGGAAAGAAUCAAGAAAUUAGGAAAUGCUGGGGCAGAUUCAAUUGAGGGACUCAAAAACCUGUGCCUAAAGCCUGGUCGGCUGGAGGUAAUGAUGAUGGAAAAGAAGAGACCUAAACCUUUGAAACUCUAUGAGCCUCGCAUUGAACCUGUCAUUUACGAUGGGAAGCGGCGAGUGGAUAUGUCUGAGAAAAAGAGGGAGAAGCUGAAACUGGUGCACAAGUUCAAGAAAGAAAUGAAGGGAGCAGUGCGUGAAAUCAGGCGAGAUCAGGACUUCCUGGCUAAAGUGCAUCUUAAAGAGACGCUUAAGAGUGAUGCGGAGAGGAAAGCUAAGGUCAAGGAUAUUUUGGGAUCUUUGGCAACUCAGGCCGGAGAGCUGAACAAAUUGGAUCGGAAGAAGGGCAAAAAGAAGUAAAAAAUAAGCACCUUUUUCUAAAAAAUAAAUGGUUAUUAAGGUAAAUAAAUUAAAUAAUUGCUUCUCAUUAUUACCAUACAGAAGAAGCAAAUAUUUUGCUCUAUUAAAGUCCAAAAUAUGACAAAGAAUCCCACUAGCAUGAAUUGUGCUCUAACAGGUGAAGUUCACUAACUCAAAAACUUAAGUUCAUGUAAGUUAUUAAACACAGCUGUAUGUACAACUUAUUGUAUGAUAUAAAUGUGGAUACAUUUUUUGGCACUAUUUUCUUCGAGGCUUUCAAUAAACAAUUUAAGCUUUUGUCACAGAAGGAAAUAAU